AUGACGGUCAGCGCAGAGGAUCUCUUCAAUGAUAUUGGCCAAAAGUACGAGGAUGUCUAUGUCGAAAACAUUGGCCUCAAGAAGGUCAUACAACUUGCCUUGGCAGAGCUCAAGCCACGGAGUAAAGUUCUCGAUGUUGGCUGUGGUACUGGAAAGCCAGUAGCGAGCCAAAUUGCCCACGCUGGUCAUGAUGUCUAUGGCAUCGAUGUCUCGCAGAAAAUGGUCGACAUCGCCAAGAAACAAGUACCCGGUCGGUUUGAAAGAGAAGAUAUGUUGUCUUUUGAGCCUACAACCAAGUUUGAGGCGAUCUUUGCGAUUUUCUCUUUGUUUCAACUCUCGCACAGUGACACAUAUUCCAUGAUGUUCAAAUUUUCGGACUGGCUAAGCAAGGACGGCAUUCUCGUUCUGGGAACCAUACCAAGCACAAGCCUCAUCAAGGAUGAGAGUCUUUAUGAUCCCAAGGGACAGGUUGUUCGACAUGCGCAGCUUCCAUUCAUGGGUAGGAAAGUUCUUGGGACUUUGUACUCCAAGGAGGGAUGGCGGGAUCUGUUCCAAAGGGCCGGCUUUGAGAUACAAGUAGAGAAGUUCUUCUCUUUUACUGAACAUCAACCAUACGAGAAUGAGAUCCAAGAACACUACUUUAUCGUUGCCAAGAAGACUGUGGACCACGCCCUGAUGGGGCCGUAUCCCCUUCCGACGUCAUAUCGUGGGCCACAUCCGCUGAGCGAAGGUUCCUGGGGCCCCUUCGCGGAGAGACUGAUUCGAGAUGAAUUUGACGCCGUGCUGGACUUGCUGAAGAACAACAAAGAUAUUUUGGAUGUGGGAAGCGGUUAUGGAAAGCUGCCUAUCGCCAUCGCCCAACGUGGAGGUAACGCAUAUUCAAUUGAACCUAAUCAGGAGCGCAACUCUCGUCAAGUGAAAGAUGCGCAAAAUGUUGAGGUCCGUGUUGGAUCUGCGGAGAAUAUUCCAUUCCCGGAUGGAAAAUUCGAUGCUGUCGUCGCAAUGUGGGUGAUGCAUUAUGUGGAUGACUUAGAAAAGUCACUCCGAGAAAUGACAAGAGUUGCAGACAUUACCAACCCAGAUGCCCAGCUUAUUAUUGUUCAAGGUGCACCGGACAAUCAGCUCGUGAAAUUGCUGAACGAUGUUUGCGCUCCCCUAAGUGCUGAAAACACGCGUGUGGAUCACCAGGGGUAUCUCCUGCAUACCGCAGCUAAGGUGUUCUCCGAGCACGGGUUUGGACAAAUUGAAACAUUCCGUGUCAAUGCUUUUUGUGCCUUUCCUGAGGAGGAUCUGGCGGAGAGAUGUCAAAAAGCGGCCGAGGUUCUAGUUGGCUUUUGGUUCAAGGAAGACCCCAAUUAUGAGCAGAUGAAGGCAGCGAUCAUUCCCCACCUUGAGCUCCAUUUCAAGGAUCGCCCGCACGCCAUUGGAGACGAAGUUGCCAUUCUCUCCGCCAAAUGUGCCCCCAACUGA